AUGACAUUGACAGUUGACAGUUGAGCCUUUAAGAAUCAUCAAUAUCAAUUAUCAAACAAACAUUAUAAAUAAAUACUUUUUAUGCAUAGGAAAAACUGCAUUUUUCAAAUAAAACGAUCGCAAAAUGAAGCUUGUAAGAUUCCUAAUGAAACUUUCUCACGAAACGGUCACGAUGGAACUUAAGAAUGGCACCCAGGUCCACGGAACUAUUACCGGUGUCGACGUAGCCAUGAAUACACAUUUAAAGGCUGUCAAAAUGACUCCUAAAAAUCGAAACCCCAUUAACUUGGACACACUCACUAUUAGGGGUAACAACAUUAGAUACUACAUAUUGCCAGACAGUCUUCCUCUAGAAACUCUUCUUAUUGAUGACACGCCUAAAGCGAAAGCUAAAAAGAAGGAACAAGCGAGAGGUGCUGCUAGGGGCAGAGGCCGCGGUCGUGGCAGAGGUGGCCCAAGAGGACGUGGAAGAGGAAGAGCAAGGAGAUAAUGAGUCAAUUUAUGUGAUCGUACUUAGGAUUAAGAUUGGUGUAAUUAUAAGUACAUACUUUUCAAAAUUAUGUACUUUUUAUAACAAUUAUUUUUCUGAUUCAAUCAAUUCAUGUUGUGUACUCUUUGUAACAAUCAUUAAAGCUGCUGAUACUUUAUAA